ACUGUCUAUAACCUAUGCGAGAUUUGACUUUUGAAUUUGAUAUUGUUAGAGUUAGGAAUUGUUGUUAUUGUUGUAUGAAUACUAUUGUGUAUAUUUAAAAUUUAAACAAAAAGUAAUUAAUCUUAAGUACUACAUUCAUUCAUUAAAUCUAUCCAAAGAAUAAAAAUGCAUCGCAAUUUACCACAGAACAAGGAAGCUUUACUAAAAUCAUAUACUACUCGGUUGAAAGAAGAUGUUAAAAGUAUGCUCGAAAAUUUCGAAGAAAUAAUUAAACUCGCAAAGGGUGAUAAUGAGUCCCAACUAAAUAGAAUGACACAAAUUGAACAAGAUACAUUUGAAAUGCAAGUGAGAGCUGCAAAUAUUGUGCGAGCCGGAGAAUCGCUUAUGAAACUGGUGUCAGAUAUUAAACAGUAUCUAAUUUUAAAUGAUUUUCCAUCUGUGAAUGAAGCAAUUACCCAAAAUUCAAAACUGUUUAGAACAAAGCAACAGGAAUGUGAUCAGAAACUCAUGUCAUUAAGAGAUGAUAUAGCUGCAGACUUAUAUGACUUAGAAGAUGAAUACUUUACUAGUAUAUAUAAGUAAAUAAUAUUACAAUUAAAA